AUGACCUCCGGGGAUGAAUCCGGCAUUAGGGAAAAGCUGGAGGCCUUGUCAAACGAGGUUGACAAAGUUGAAAAGGGAUUGGCCGGCUUCAAAAACAUAUAUGAAUUGAAAGCUGAAAAGUACUUGGACUCUUUGUCGAACCUCAUUAUUGAGAUCCAAAGUGGAAACUCCGGUUCCUGCCUUUCACCGGAGAUAAAGGUUAAAAUAUGUUCUCUGCUAUCAAAUGUCAAGUCAAACUUCUCCGAUGCUCUGAAAAAGCACCGAGACAUUCAUGCCUGCAUUUCAAAGUUCAAAAAAUCCAUUGAUAAGACAUUCGUCGAUGAUGUCUCUAACGUGGCUUCCUACUUCACUACGGACACUUCUAAUGUUCCAACAAGCAAUGCCACCUUCGAUCCCGCUCCUGCCUCCAACCUCUACAAGACUGCGGAUAACAUGACUGAGGACGAGCUCUUCGCUGCCAUCAUAAUUGAGGAGCUCAUUCGCAGCGGCUAUGGGUCUGUUGCUAUUAAGCUUGCAAAGGAAGUUGGUUUUUCGGAGGAGGAUAUUGGCCUCAAACAAUUCCGAGAAGUCGGUGCUAUGGUUGCUGCCCUAAAAAACGGAGAAUUGGGUCCUGCUAAAGAAUGGCUGGCAACUAAUUCGGAGUCGCUGGGACCGAAGACCAAACAAUUAGAAUAUGUUUUGGCCAAGUUAGAGUUUCUAAUGGAUGUGCAAAGGUGUGCAGAUGAUCCUUCUGGAGUGAUCGCUUGUUUGCGCAAAAUUGUGCCAUAUGCAUCGGAUUUUCCCACAGACUUCGAGCACAUAAUGGGUAGUCUAGUCUUCCUGGGCCAGGAUCUCAAUGGGACUCCUUACUCUGACCUCUCACUCAAAGAUCCUGCUGCCACAGCCACCGUCGACAAUGCUAACGUUAAGAGCCAAUUCGCUAGCACCGGUGGUGUCCACCUACCUAUUCUACCGUUAGUGAGUCUCUGCGCCGGUGAAGAGGAAGCGGAGGAGGAGCCGGCUGUGGAGAUGACUGUGGCAGGAGACGGGACGGUGAAUGACGUAGCAACGAUCCCCUUGAAUGCCUUUGUGCGAGCUGCGCACCUCUUUGGCACGGUGGCCUGUGCGAAGCUCUCCCUUUCUUCCAUUGAUCCACUACGGACCGCCUUCGCCUCGGGCCUACAAGUGCUCCCAAAGCUACAUAAACUCCAGCGUGCCUUCGCGUGGCUUACCAAUUACGCACCGGGCAACUCUGAUGGUACCCACACCCUUCCGAUUUCGGUAGACCUGGUCACUGUAGCUCACCGACACAAUAUCUUCCACUGUCCGGUCAUCAAAGAGGUCUCAACGCUGGCCAAUCCGGCCGUCCGCCUAAACUGUGGCCACGCCAUCUCCCGCGACGCCUUCAACUCUCUGGCCAACUCGGAGCGAAGGAGCAGUUUCCUCCUCUCCUUCUCCGGGAACUUGCAUAACACUCCCUAA